UCGAUGGUGAGUUUUUAUUAAACUUUGACGAUGAUGAGUUUAUAUGAGUUGAUUGUAGAUGGUGAACGAGAAGGUGAUGAUGAGUGCGAUCAGGGCGAGGAGAAGGUUCAAAGCUAUCGUCCGAUUGGUAAUAGAGAAUCUGGCAUGGCUGGAGGAAAUUGAACCGCUGGGCGAUAAUAUCAGGAAGAACGUGAAACUGGUGAUGCGUAAACACAAGACCGCCAAAAGCUUACUUACACUCAGAGAAAAAGCUUUGCUGAAUAAACCGGCCGAGGAUAGAACUGACGAGGAAAAGUUGCUUUUGUAUAGGAGGAUUGGAGGUUUGAAAUGUUUCAGGAAAUACCCUGAGAAUGUGAAAAUGGAAUUGGCUGGUGUGACGUACUUCGCGUACUUCGGCCCAAAUAGGGUCAUAGUUCGGGAACAUCACUAUGCGCACGCCCUUUACUUCAUAAUCAGCGGUGAGGUGAUUGCGACGACGGAGAUCAUAGAUCCGGUGACCUACGAUAAGGUCAUCAAUAAUAUGGGCACAAUGAUCACCGGUCAGACAUUUGGAGAGGUGUCCCUUCUGCACAACUUGCCCAGAAACGCAACCAUCACCACUCUAACGCCAACCGAGUUUCUGGUGCUUAAACGAGGCGACUUCGAUCGCGUUCUCAAGAGUACCAUCCAAACCAUGUGGGACCACAUCGAGUCCAUCAUGGACAGCUUCACAUACUUCAACGACUGGGACGAUCUGACGAAGAAGGAGUGCUGCGUCAUAGCGAAGAUCAAGUACUACAAAAAGGACGACAUCAUUUUCGGUGAUGGAUUUGGUUUGAAGCAGUGGGUCUAUUUUAUAGUCACGGGUAAGUGCCAGAUGAUCGAGAGUCUUCAGGUGGAGGUGAGCUACGUGGACGGAAAGAAAAUGUACAAGCAAUACGAACCAGCCGAGACGGUCAGCAUCAAGGUGGAACAGCAAUCCAUGGAUAAGUCGGUUUCGGUGCAUUCAGCAUCGAAGAAGAGUCCCCAAAGUUCCAUCACAAAUACCGUCACGACCGGCGUAAAAAAAGAGUAAUAUAAUUAAG